AUGUUUCCCGCCAAACCCCCAGCACCACCCGCACCUGCCCCAGCGCCUGUGAACUCGAACGGAGAGCUUGUUUCUUGGGAAGAUGAACAAUUAAAGAUCUUGGAAUCAAAACGUGAUGGCCCCGGAGAACAUGGUCGGCCCGUACAUCUCACGGGGGAAGAGAAGAAGAUAUCAGAGAAAUUUUUCAAUCAGAAUGGUUUUAAUAUUUACAUCAGUGACAAGAUUGCAGUUGAUCGUUCCGUGGGUGAUAUUCGGCAUCCCAAAUGUCAAUCGCUAACGUAUCUGCGCAAACUACCCACUGCUUCUAUUAUCAUUCCCUUUUUUGAGGAGCACUGGAGCACAUUGUUACGCACUUUCAUCGGAGUUUUAAAACGUUCACCAAAAGAGUUGAUCAAGGAGAUAAUUUUAGUGGACGAUGGCAGCACAUUGAGACCGGAGCUGAAAGACAAACUAGAUAACUAUUUGCGGGCUAACUACCCCGAUGGAUUAGUCCGUGUGAUUCACUCUCCGGCCCGUGAAGGUUUGAUUCGAGCACGUAUUACGGGAGCGAAAGCAGCUACCGGGGACGUGCUCGUUUUCCUGGACUCA